AUGGCAGGCGCGACGGCGGCGGGCGGCGCGGGUGUCGGCCCUUCGCGGCGGCAGUGGGACAUUGAAGAGUAUACCUCGCGCGCGCGCGAGCGCGAUCGCGAGCACCGUGAGCGUGCGGUCGAGAAUGAAGAGCGCAUCAAGCAGGGCAAGCGGCCGAUGGGCCGCCGCCGCAACGACCUGCCGAAACCGACGCAGACGAUGCAGGCGCACGACGACCUGAAGCUUGAUGCGAACCUGGGCACGACAAGUAUGGUCGACAAUGCGGAAGGAAAGGGGCGGGGACCCGGCUACUUCUGCGAGCUGUGCAAUCGCAUGUGCAAGGACAGCGUCGGCUACCUCGACCACAUCAACGGCCGCAUGCACCUGCGCAAACUCGGCCAAUCGACGCAGACUGCGCGCUCGACGCUCGACCAGGUCCGCGCGCGCAUUGCCGCCGUGCGUGCGGAGCGCGCGCUUGGCCGCACGGCCGAGGCACGCUACGACUUUGACGCACGCAUCCGCCAGAUUGCCCAAGAGCAGCGUGCGGAGCACGAUGCAAAGCGCGCACAGCGGCGCGAGGAGCGUGCGCGGCGCAAAGAGCAAAAGAGAGGGCCUACGCCGCCUGCACAGACCGAAGACGAGCAGGCAAUGAUGGCUGCGAUGGGAUUUGCCAACUUUGGUUCCAGUAGACAAUAG